UUUGUCCAGCGAUUGUGGAACGUGAUGUGGAAUGUGGCUCGCACUGUCUCGCGCUCUGUUCCGACUCCAGCUGGAGUCUUCAGCGUGGAAGGUCUAAUGAGAUGACUCUCAGCCCAGUCGGUCAAGAGUGGGUUUGUUGAGAUUUCCUGAGCUCCUCCAACCCUCUCCCCCCCUGUCCCACUCAUCACCCCUUCCUUCGCCUUCUUGCCGCUCUGCGACGCAGACUUUCGCGGCAAAGCCCGUCAGAUAAUUAGGUUUUCGGCCUACUUCUAUUUAUGUUACUUUCUUCCUUUUUUGGGUUGGUGCGUGAAUCGGGUGGUAGCAGCAGAAGCCGGCCUGACGGGAUGGUGGCGUGAAAGUUUUGGUUCGCAGGCGUCGAGCGCCUUCGGUUUCGACACCAGUAAGUUGCCAGAAAGAGGAAGAGAUUGCCAACGGAAAACUUGGAGGAAUAUUUCCUUUUCAACUCACCUAAACAGGAAAGGGAACACGGCGGAAGAGCCAGCGCAGAAUUUUGCUCAGGCCGCCGUCGUCAAAAGAUAAAUGGCCGGAAAAGAUGACGCAUCGUCUGGGGGACGAGGCAUCGCCAUCGCCAAUCAGCAUCGACGACGACGACGACUUCCCGAGGUUUCUGGAGCACGCCAAAGUGGACAUGUCCAGUGUCAGCCCGCACAACGGCUACAAGAGGGUGCGGUUCCGGGAGGACUAUGAGGUGCGCUGGCUGACCAGUCCUAAUGCCAACACGGAGUACGCCGUGUGUCAGGAGAUGCGUUUGCUGACGGUGUCGCAGUGUGAUGAGGCCAGCCAGGUGGGCUUCAUCUCCGUAGAAGACAUUCUGUCCGCCAAUCGGGAGUACGUCAAAAUGAAGAUCAGAACGGGCAAGGAGAUUGUGAUUACCAAGAGCCUGGCGGAGGUGUUCCGAUGUUUCAUCUGCAUGGAGAAGCUGCGGGAUGCCCGCCUGUGUCCUCAUUGCUCCAAACUCUGUUGCUUUGCCUGCAUCAGGAGGUGGCUGACAGAACAGCGGUCACAGUGCCCACACUGCAGGGCAUCCCUGCAUAUUCACGAGCUAGUAAACUGCCGCUGGGCAGAGGAAGUGACUCAGCAGCUUGACACCUUACAACAGUGUACGCCAUCUCAUCGAGCUGACACCUCUGACAAGGAUCAGUGCAAUGAACAUCAGGAAAAGCUAACUGUUUAUUGCUGGACCUGCAAAGACUGCAUCUGUCACCAGUGUGCAUUAUGGGGAGGCACACACUCAGGCCACACCUUCAAACCACUAGACGGCAUCUAUGAAGAGCAUGCCAAAAAAAUUGUGGAUGAGCUGAGUCAGUUGCGGCGGCGCCAUGUGGAGCUUAUCAGUCUGGUACAGGAUGUGGAGCGAAACAUUGAGAGUGUUAAAAAUGCUAAAGAUGAACGUGUGAGGGAAAUCCGUAAUGCUGUGGAGCUGAUGAUUGCUCGGCUGGAAUCACAGCUGAAGAGUAAAUUGUUGACUCUCAUGGGUCAACGCAGUAGACUAACCCAAGAAGCAGAGCUGUGGGAAUCUGUUCUGGAAAAAGUUGGUGGAGAGCUAGGAAACAGUGGUCGAUCUGAACUGGUCCGGCGUAGCUCCGAGAUAAUGGAACUAUUUCGACAAGUUCACCUGCGUCCUAUGGCCUCUUUCGUUUCAGCUCCUGUGCCUGCUGAUUUUACAAGUGAAAUUGUACCUCAGUAUGACACAAGCACUUUUGUCAUGAAGAACUUUAGUGUGCUGCGCCAGCGAGCAGAUCCUGUUUACAGCCCUCCUCUCAGUGUAUCAGGACUUAGCUGGCGUCUUAAAGUUUACCCUGAUGGCAAUGGAGUGGUCCGAGGUAAUUACCUGUCUGUUUUCUUGGAGCUGUCUGCAGGCCUGCCAGAGACAUCCAAGUAUGAGUACCGAGUAGAAAUGGUGCAUCAGGCUUCACGGGAUGCCAGCAAAAACAUUGUUCGUGAGUUUGCCUCUGACUUUGAAGUUGGUGAGUGCUGGGGCUACAAUCGAUUCUUCCGCCUAGAUCUUUUGGCCAGUGAGGGCUACCUGGAUACCAGCAACAACCAUGAUACCCUCACCCUCAGAUUCCAAGUGCGACCACCAACUUUUUACCAGAAGUCUCGUGACCAGCAGUGGUAUAUUGGGCAGCUGGAGGCAACACAGGCUCAGCAUAUCCACCAGAUUAAUGACUUGAAGGAGCGACUGCACUUAGAAAUGUCAAGGAACAAGUGUGGGAAAAAGGUCAAUACACCAGUCCCAGAGGUUCCCUUGCCGCUCUUGGACUCUCAGACUGCUGAAGGCACCACAGGGGGUACAUCUCUGUACUCACUAAGCAAAGUUGUACAAGUUCCACAGUGCCGAGAGACUCAUGCAGAUGAGGGGGAGAACAAUGAGGGAUCAUUAUCAUCAUCAUCAAGCAGCUCAAGCCAAACAACAGAUUUUAAUGAUGGUUUGAGUGAAGAGGACUUGGAAGAUCUGGAGGAGACAGGAACCUCUCUUUGCAUUAGCAGUGGCAGUGGUAUAGCAGCUACAGCUGACAACAGCAAUGAUGAGAAUGACAUUGAUGAGGAGACAAUGUCGGUCGACAAUGAUGUGGGAGACUCUCUUCACUGGGAAGAAAAUGACCUUGACCAGCUGGGAAACUCAUCAAGGGUUGCACGGACCACCAACAAUCUUUCUCGACCUGAUACUAGUGUUCAGGAUGAUGAGGCUUCUCUGAUGCGUUUCCUGGAGCAGCACUCGUCAGAUGUGGACCAGCACUGGCUUUUGCCUUCCCGCUCGGCUUUGGCUGCUAUAUUACCAUGGAAACAAGGUGAAGCCCUUGAAACAUCAUCAUUACUACAGACACAGCGAUGGUUGGACAGUUUAGAGACAGAUCUUAACCUAGCAUCUUCUGAAGCAAACAGUGGCAGUAACUCUAAGCGACUCCUAGACGUCAAGAACCUUUUGGGGCCGCCCAAAUGUGCAGCUUCAGGCUCAUCUUUGUCUUUUUCUGGAGCCAAGGGUGGGGCAUCUGCUUGCCCUAUUAUUGAAGCAGGUGCAGUGGUCGACAUUGCAGGGUUAUGUGGAUCAGUGUCUCCUAUGCCAUCUGACGUCCUGGAGCACAUUCAUGCCAGGUUCACAGAACUGGCAGCUACAACCAUGGCAGUUGCAAACUCUGCAGUCACUAGUGAAACUGAAGCCCGCAGAUAUAGAAAUGGGGGAAAGACCAAAAAGGCUUCUCACAGCGCCAUGGUACAGCCCAUGCGAAACUCUCUAGAACAGCACUCUUUGCACCACGGUGACGUCAUGGACAGGCCUGCUCGACUGUGUAACGCUUCUCAAAAUUUGCAGCAAAUACCCAAUAUAACAGCUGAGUCACUAUUCAGCAAUUUGUCUUUGGAGGAGAUCAGUAUUGAUGACCUCUCGGUGGAAAGCCCAAGUGCAGCCCAGGCAGUCACUGGAGAGUCCCUGAAACUGGAAGGAGAGUGUGAUAACAGAAAGCACAGCAUAUCAGAGGCAUCAGGAACAUCUGUGAGCAAGAAAGAUGCUGCUGGUGAGAGGAGUGAUAGUCUGCACUGGUCCUUCAGUUUUCUGAAGACAGCAAAGACAGAUGGCAAGACCAAAACCUCUGCACCGAGUUCCAUGCACAAGGGUGACAAAGACAGUUCAGUUGAUUUACCUCCAGAUGGCACAGCUGCAAGCUCUAGCAGUGGAAGUAGCAGAGUGGCUAGUGGUGGUAGUGCCAGCACUGGAGUUGCAGCUGUGUCACCGAAUGGAAACAGCAGUGCCGGAGCCCCUGGGCCUCAAGUAGAAUUUAGCACGCAAGCUACAAACAAGGACAGAACUGAGUCUCGUGAUGACCCAUCUGUGGUGUAGUUCUGACUGGAUCAAGCUGCAACAUCUACCAUGUAAUUCUACAAAAUUUAGAAACAACAGCUGCAGAAAUGAGAGAACAGUGGACCAGAACGUCACAAUGUCAGUGACGCUAAAUUGUGGAAAGGGACCACAGCUUACAUAACUUGCACAGAAAGUUAUCAUUACCUGCCAUCACCUGCAUUACAAUCGAAGAAUGAUGUUGACAGUACCCAUUAUAUGUAUGCUUGUCAACUGUCAAAAUUGAAAGUGUGCCUGCUUGCGGUGAAUAUUUCAUGCAGUUAAAAUACUAGGUGCUUGAACAGCAUAUGUUUUUGUGUGAGUGGGCUUUUGGGAGGUGGGAGGUGGGGUGUGGGUGCAUGUCCGUACUCCUGUGCAUACCGUUCAAGAAUGUUAAAGGUAGCACAGAUGCAAGAAAAUCAUUUACAUGUUUUACCUGUUUCAAGCAAUUGUCAUUAUCAUGCGUUACAAUAGUAUAUACAUGCAAAAUACAGUCAUUUAAGUGUAGUCCUAGCAGUGGAUAAAUAAAAGUGAAUAUAAUAAUAAUAUUGAGAAUAUCACAACCUAUAGGCAACAUUGUUUCUGUUCGAGUUAUAAUGAUAUUUUUUGCACACAUUUUGGUGCAUUUUUUUUCAAGUGAGUUCUUUGUUUGUUUUAUUUUUCUUUCGACAUUGAAGGUUUAGACUUGUGUCUUUGCUGAAAAUUUGUUUUUAAGUUCAGUUUACCUAUUUCUUUACUAAUAUGCAAAUUGCAGAGGUGAUAAUUUCACGAUUAAUCAACUAGUUUGUCACCUGUAUCAAAUGCAGCGAUUUCAGGAAAUACAGGAGUCGGCAUAUUAUCACAAAAAUCCAAACGAUAUUUUAAUUCAGGUAUUUACUACCAAUUUUGACUGAUGCCUCAUGAACAAGCAGCAACCAAAAGGUAGCAUGCUAACUGUAGUCGAUAGAUACACCCAGUUUGUUAAUAUUAAUGAUAUAGACUAUUGGAGCCAAUUUUCAAAGAGGGUGUUUAUGAGUUGAGCGGGGAUGGGGGGUGUUGUGAGGUACUGCCAAGUUAGCUAUGGUCAAGACUUGUUACUUCUAGGAUAUGUCAUGUGGUUUCUACUUAUCUGUGAUGUGAUGUCAGCCAUUCAUUCUUUAUAAGUUGUUUUGGCAUUGAAGUGAAUCAACACGUGCAAUGAGCAUUUUUUAUGUUUAAUUAACAACUUGCUGUUUGUCUAUGGACCUACAUACAGAUACAUAGCAGAUACAUUCCAUACUUCAUGUGUUUGCUGCAGAAAUGAAGUUACAGAAAAUAACAGCUCAUUGGGUUUCUAAAAUGACAUCUGCAUCAUCUCUGGCAACUAUGAAAAAAACAGAUGUUAAAAAAGAAUGAGUGGUUGAAAUUUCUGCAUUUCAUUGAAGUGAUGGCAGUACACCAGUUAAAAAAAAAAGUAGGCUUAAGUUUUCUUAAGCUUCUCAGCAGGACAUUAGCAAAGAGUAUGUCAAGCUGGAGACCAGCCCUUGCUCUUGGGUUUGUACUCAGGAAAGAAUGUUACAACUGCAAGUUUCAGUAAAAUAUAAAUAAGAGCUGCUGAUUACCAUAAGAAUUAGACUUUGCAAUCCUUUCUAAAGCGCUGCCAGAAUUGUCUUUCAUAAUGGUUUGCCAGGACCUGAAAUAAAAUUUGCAAGAGGCUUUGCACUCUCUGCAGCCAGCUGUAAAGUGUGUGCAGGUUGGCGGUAAACUAACGAGACUAAACACAGAGAUGAAUAAAGAGAAUUGCCUUGAUUACAGCCAUAUUUUGUGUGUUUGUGCUAGUAUUUACAAGAAAAUGUACUUUUAUAUAAAUUCCAAUGGUUUUGUAA